GUCGUCUGGCUCCUGGCGCUCGUCUACUGCUUCCUCGGCGUCGCCAUCGUGAGCGACGUCUUCAUGGCCGCCAUCGAGCGCAUCACGUCCGACGAGAAGACCGUCACGCGCGACGUUAUGGUCAACGGGCGGACCGUGAAGCGGACCUUCCACGUGCGCGUCUGGAACGCGACCAUCGCCAACCUCACGCUGAUGGCCCUCGGGUCCUCGGCGCCGGAGAUCCUGCUGUCCAUCAUCGAGAUCGUCGGCAACGACUUCUACUCGGGCGACCUGGGGCCGUCGACGAUCGUCGGCUCCGCGGCGUUCAACUUGAUGAUCAUCCUCGCGGUCUGCGUCGCGGCGAUCCCCGAUGGCGAGUCGCGGCGCAUCAACGACUUCGAGGUCUUCCAGGUCACGGCCGUCUUCUCCGUCUUCGCGUACCUCUGGCUUUUGUUCAUCCUGGUGGUGAACACGCCGGACUACUGCGACGUCUGGGAGGCUCCUCGUGCUUUGGUCGUCGUCCGCACCCAGGGCUGCGUCGGGGCCGUGGCCUGCAAGUACGCGACGCGCGACGGCAGCGCGUGCGCGGGCGGCGACUACGUCGCCGCGUCGGGCGCGCUCGAGUUCGCGGACGGCGAGGUCGCGAAGCGCCUCGACGUGGAGAUCGUCGACGACGCCGAGGUCGAGGCCCACAGCGAGACCUUCUUCGUGGACCUGACGGACGCGACGGGCGGCGCGACGUUCGACGCGACGUGGGACGGCGGCGAGGACCGCGCCGUCGCGACGGUCGUCAUCAUCGACGACACGGACCGGCGGGGCCUCGCGGGCCUGCUCAUCCCCCUCAUCAACCGGGACAAGCUGAACCUGGCGCUCAACGACUACAAGUCGCAGUUCCGGGACGCCGUCGCGCUCGAGGGCGACGCGCCGACGCCGGGCGACUACGCGAUGCACGUCCUGGCGCUGCCCUGGAAGGUCUGCUUCGCCUGCAUCCCGCCGCCGAGCUACGGCGGCGGCUGGGUCUGCUUCUUCGUCGCGCUCGUCUACAUCGGCGGUCUGACAUUAGUCAUCGGCGAGGUCGCGACGCUCCUGGGGUCGGCCCUCGGCAUCGCGGACAGCGUGACGGCCAUCACCUUCGUCGCGCUCGGCACGUCGCUCCCGGACACCUUCGCGUCGAAGACGGCGGCGACGGCGGACCCCUACGCGGACGCGGCCGUCGGCAACGUCACGGGGUCCAACAGCGUCAACGUCUUCCUGGGGCUCGGCCUGCCCUGGGCCCGCAAGGACGGCGCCUGGGACCACGUCGGCUUCCUCGUCCCCGCGGGCUCGCUCGGCGUCUCCGUGACGACCUUCAGCGCGUGCGCGUGCGCGACGCUCGUCGUCCUCGUGCUCCGGCGCAAGCUCCUCGGCGCGGAGCUCGGCGGGCCCCGCGCGGCCAAGCACGCGACGGCCGCGCUCUUCGUCUGCCUCUGGCUCGUCUACAUCGUCGUCUCCACGAGCAAGGCCUACGGCUGGAUC